AUGGAAUGUUCCCUUGGUAUCGCUAAUAUUCUUGAAGAGAUCUCUGGCCUUUCCCAUUCUGCACUGAUCACUGAGGAAGGCUUUUUUAGCUCUCCUUGCUAUUCUUGGAACUCUGCAUUCAAACGGGUAUAUCUUUCUUUUUCCCCUUUGCCUUUCACUUCUCUUCACAGAUAUUUUGUAAGCCCUCCUCAGAUAACCAUUUUGCCUUUUUGCAUUUCUUUUUUUCUUGGGGAUGGUUUUGAUCAUUGCCUCCUGUAUGAACCUCUGUCCAUGGUUCUUCAGGCACUCUGUCUAUCAGAUCUAAUCCCUUGA